AACAGCGGAAAAAAGAAAGUUAACUUAGCAGCCAUCUUGUACACGGCAAAAAAAAACAAAGCGACGCAGCAGUCUUCAGCUUACCAGACUGUUCUAUAAGAGACUAUUAAUACACCGUUUACAAAAUCAAAUAGCAACAACAGAUACGGCAUGCGUAGUGUUAAUAAUGAACGGCACCUCGAAUAAGAAUCUCUCCCACUGGAACAAACGUGCCGUGCACAAGAUGGCGCCGAUCCCUGCCCCCUUUUCACGUCUGUUGCGGAGACUAUGACGUGACUUUGCUUAACGACAGUGUGAACAGUGGAGGGCAGAGGCGUGAGAUCCGUUAUCAGAUAAUACAAUUAUAACAUUAUAUUUUCAGAAGAGUAAUAUAAGCGGGGCAAUGCGCCGGUGAACACAUUAGCUCGAGUUUUAUGAAAAUCUGGGCGCACUACAGUAUUCUCAAUUCUUCAUCUUUCUCCGGUUCGAUUGGUUCUGAUACACAGUCAGCACAGCGAUGGAUAACACACCCGGAGCAGGCGGUUCGGGGUCCAGAGCCGGAUUCGGGAGUCUCUUUGGAGGGGGAAGUCCAGAGUACUCACACACGGAGCUAGCCGGGGUGCCGUUGACAGGAAUGAGCCCCCUCUCCCCCUACCUCAAUGUGGACCCCCGUUACCUGGUGCAGGACAGCGAGGAGUUCAUCCUGCCGACGGGAGCUAAUAAGAUGCGAGGACGCUUCGAGCUGGCCUUCUUCACCAUAGGGGGCUGCUGCAUGACGGGCGCUGCAUUCGGAGCUGUGAACGGACUCCGGCUCGGCCUGACAGAGACUCGAGACAUGGCCUGGUCCAAACCACGCAACGUGCAGAUCCUGAACCUGGUGACACGACAGGGGGCAGCAUGGGCCAACACCCUUGGAUCGCUGGCUCUGCUGUACAGUGCGUUCGGGGUGAUCAUUGAGAAGAUGCGCGGAGCAGAGGAUGAUCUCAACACUGUGGCAGCCGGGACACUGACUGGAGUGCUGUACAAAUCCACAGGUGGUCUGCGAGGCAUGGCCCGCGGGGGGUUGAUGGGUCUGGCACUUACAGGACUCUACUCUCUCUACAACAACUGGGAGCACAUGAGGGGCAGCUCCCCCCGCCAGUCCCUCUGAUGCUGGAACCCUCUCGCACCCCCCCAUCGUGACCGGAAUGGAUCAUUCUCCACAUGCAUGCCCGUUAACUGGCCAGGGUGUACCAUCUCUCACCUCAGAAGAGGGGUGUCUGUGUUCAUUCCCAUUCCAGCUCUGGACUUUGUGAUGACGGUGUAAAUAUCGGGACACAAGUGCUGCUGCUGCAGUAAACAGACAGAGGAGCUGUAAUGGUAUGAACGAGGCUUGUGGAGCAGUCUAUCUGUGUCACAGCCUCUUCUCCUCCUGUUAUCAUUCAAAAAGAAACUUAUUAAACCUGGACUUUGACUGUUUAAGUGGAGAACUGCCUGUGUUCCAAAAGAAUGGUCUAAAAACACAUGGUUGUGGCUGUGAUUGUGUGUUUUUAGAAUCCCCCCCCCCCCCUUUAGUGUUCAGUCACAUUUCUGUACCACACUGGCUUGCUUGCGUUGGCCUUCUUUUUAUAGAGGAGGAACUGUAUCUAACUGUGAAACAGACACGACUCCCCCGGUAGGAAACAAAAUAAACUUUUUUUUUUCUGUGUUU